AUGUCGACGCCGCAUGGUGCCCCUCACCUAAGCAGGAGGAUCAGCGAGUGUUUGCCAGAUCAUGACCAUGGUGAUUCCAGCAGCGAAGAUGAACACAACCGCAAGAUCGAAGUCGUUUUCGACUCCGACAGUGUACGCCGCCGCAAAUCUUCUGUCGUCCUUUCCGAGACACCCAAGGUGGAGAAACCGGUAAGGCAUCAUGCGCCUCGCACCAAAUCGCAGUGCCUAGUCCACAAGAUGGUAGAGAAUACCUCCCUAGGUCAACAGCCCCAAGUUGAAUCGAAGCUGGAACAAAUCGAUGAGGUUGAUCGGGGCAUGCAGUCAGAAGCCAAUGGAGAUGCCUCGGGAAGAGAUGAGAUACGGGCGACGCAGUCUCGCUUGCUUACGAAGAAGCAGUUGAGUGAUAUGGCCAUGAGUGUAAGAUCGUUAGCAAAGAGACUGAGGAAUUUAAAAGUGAAGCUAAAGAUUCGAGCCAUCUUCCUCCUCACCAAAGUAUAUGACAAGACUUUGAUUGCAAAGACAAGAGAGGUGGCUCGGUGGCUGUUGUCCAAAGAUCGAUCCGUGCCUUACAUCGUCUAUGUGCAAGAUACGAUGAAGGACAAUGAGAUUUUCGAUGCCCAGGGGUUGAUCGCUGAGGAUCCCUCGUACGCCGAGCGCUUGAAAUAUUGGGAUACCGAAUUGGCCCGGAAGCAUCCUCACACAUUCGAUUUCGUGGUCACUUUGGGUGGCGAUGGGACAGUACUUUAUGCGAGUUGGCUCUUUCAGAGGGUUGUGCCCCCGGUACUGUCCUUUGCCCUGGGUUCCUUGGGGUUUUUGACAAAAUUCGACUUCGAUGGCUACCAACAUAUUCUGUCACAGGCCCUCAAGGAUGGUGUCACGAUAAGUCUUCGAUUACGACUCGAGGGCACUGUCAUGCGGUCUCACAAACGAGAUGAUGAUGCCGAGCAUCGAGAUAUUGUGGAGGAGCUCAUCGGCGAGGAAGCGGACGAUCGAAACACACAUAAACCAGACCGGACUUUCGAAAUUCUCAACGAUGUCGUGGUUGAUCGUGGGCCCAAUCCGACAAUGUCAACCACUGAACUCUUUGGAGACGAAGAACAUUUGACAACAGUUCAAGCUGAUGGGGUCUGUGUCGCCACUCCAACUGGCUCCACGGCUUAUAAUCUCGCAGCGGGCGGAUCAUUAUGCCACCCUGAGAAUCCUGUCAUUCUUGUCACGGCAAUCUGUGCACAUACCCUUUCAUUCCGACCCAUUAUUCUUCCGGAUACUAUGGUGCUUCGACUUGGUGUCCCUUACGAUGCGAGAGCCAACUCGUGGGCCAGUUUUGAUGGAAGGGAAAGAAUUGAAUUGUUUCCUGGGGAUUAUGUCACAAUUUCGGCGUCAAGAUAUCCGUUCGCAAAUGUGAUGCCGCCAGGGCGACGAAGCGAGGAAUGGGUCAAGAGUAUCUCGAGAACACUACAAUGGAACUCAAGGCAACGACAAAAGGGGUUUCAUGAAUGGGCUGGGGAUAAGGUGGAGGAAGUGAGUUGA